GGUCCCGGUUGAAGCGGGCGCCGCCAUGUUGGGGAGGGGUGUGAGGAGCGGCGAGCGCCGCCAUCUUGAGGAGGGCAGCUCCGGUUGAGGCGGGCGCCGCCAUCUUGAGGAGGGCAGCCCCGGUUGAGGCGGGCGCCGCCAUCUUGAGGAGGGCAGCCCCGGUUGAGGCGGGCGCCGCCAUUUUACGGAGGCCGGCCCGGCUGCGCUCCCUAGCGCUGUUCACGGCUGUCCCCGGGGCGGCGGGGCGCCGCGCCGUGCAGAGCCGAGCACCCCCUGCCCCUGCGAUCCGCGAACCCGCCGCCGUGUGCGGGCGGAAGCCGGCCUCCCGCCGCCAUCCCUUCCGGGUGAGCGCGGCCACCUCCGCCCCCUGCGCCCUGCCACUUCCUUUCCAGCGGCGGCCGCCGGAGCAGACGGGCGGAAAUGGCACCCCGAAAGGGCAAGGAGAAGAAGGAAGAACAGGUCAUCAGCUUGGGACCUCAGGUCGCUGAAGGAGAAAACGUGUUUGGCGUCUGCCAUAUCUUUGCUUCCUUCAAUGACACUUUUGUCCAUGUUACUGAUCUCUCUGGCAAGGAAACCAUCUGCCGUGUGACUGGUGGCAUGAAGGUGAAGGCUGACAGAGACGAGUCUUCUCCCUACGCAGCUAUGCUGGCAGCUCAGGAUGUCGCCCAGAGGUGCAAGGAGCUGGGCAUCACUGCCCUGCACAUUAAGCUGCGGGCAACUGGUGGAAAUAGGACCAAGACUCCCGGUCCUGGUGCUCAGUCAGCCCUGAGAGCUCUGGCCCGAUCCGGAAUGAAGAUCGGCCGCAUCGAGGAUGUCACUCCCAUCCCCUCUGACAGUACUCGCAGAAAGGGUGGUCGCCGUGGACGUCGUCUGUAAACAAUGCUGCACCUUUCAUUAUUAAAGCUCUCUUACAAA